CCCGAUUACCAGUCAUAGCGGCUGAUAGUCCGAUUCAAAUCACAUCAACAAUACUGGAUGCAACUCUUUGUCCUCCCAAGAAGGUUCUUAAACAGAUUCAGCAGGUAUGCUCUCGAUUCUUAUGGCAUGGGACUGAUGCAGUUAGAGCUAAAGUGGCAUGGGACUAUGUGGCUUUACCAAAACAGUAUGGAGGUCUGGGGGUGAAGGAUUUGCUAUCUUGGAGUCAAGCAUGCACUAUCCGAAUGCUUUGGUUGUUCUUGAUGAAGUCUGGGACGCUGUGGGUGGCAUGGAUGUAUGAAUAUAAGUGUGGGCAGUGGAAUUUAUGGUCUUUGAAGGUCCAAUACAAUAGCUCGUGGACAAGGAGAAGGCUACUUAAAUUGCGGUCUAUUAUUUUACCAUGGAUGCAUAAGCAAAAUGAUACCAUCUACCGGGACUCAAAGGAGAUGCUGGUUUAUUCAGUUCGCAGAGUGUUGGAAACGUUGAGGAAGAAGGCUCCAGAGGUCUCUUGGCACAAACUCGUGUGGAGCAACAUCUGCCCCCCUCGGUAUAGUUUGAUUGUUUGGUUAUUAAAGAAGAAUGUCAUUAUCAUGAGAGACAAGUUAUUGCAAUGGGGUAAGGUUAUGGAUGCUUCUUGCCCUCUUUGUGGUUUGGAUGUUGAGACUAGAGAUCAUAUGUUUCUCCGUUGUUCCUUAUCUCUCAGACUUGCCUCACUUCUGAAUUGCCAUUUCUUGAGGCAUAAUGACUGGGAUGCAAUGUUGCAGUUUGUAAGUAUUGCUCUGUGUAGGAACUCACAAGCUAGGAAAUGGCAUGCGCUAGUAUGAUGCCUAAUAGUGUCGUUUAUAUGGAUGGAAAGAUGCAGAGUAGUUCAUGGCUCGCCUUGUCGUCACCCUUUGACGGUAGCUGAAUUGAUAAAGGCCGACUUGAUGUAUAUAGCAUGUUGGAAUAGAGGAGUUCGUGAUGCACUACAGGGCUUCGAUACUUAUAGUUUUGCUUUGUUCUUUUUGUAAGUAGUCUCAUAUAGGAGAGCAAGUGCUUGUGAGUUGUUUCUCUCGGGAUCCUUUGUGAUUCCGCUUCGUUGUAUCGGUUGUAAUGGCAAUAAAAGAAACCGAUUAAACAAAAAAAAAAUCGAUAACCGUGGAUAUCCGCCUAAAUAAGAUUUAAUUGGGAAGGGUAAAACCUUAACCCGAAUGAUUUUUAGUGGGUACGGGUAAAACCCAAACCCAAAUAUUGGGGGUAAUGGAUGGGCAUGAUUUUCUCACUAUCCACCCCGAACCCGCCCGAUUAUACACGUGCGUAUGUAUUUUUUUCUAAAAAAAUCAUUAUAUUUUUCUAACAUAUUUUAUAUUUAGCAUAUAAAUAUAAUAUUUUCAUUAAAUUGUGUUGAUUUAAUUAAUUUUCGUGAUUCUAGUAAAUUAUUUUCGUACAUUUUGUCUAAUGUAAUGUGAGAAUACGUUUGAAUAUUAGCAUAUUGGUUGGAGUUAUAUAGAGAAAAUAUUACCCAUGGAUAACCGUAGACACCCAAAACUCGAAUUGGUAAGGGUGUUGUUUUGAUUCUCUACUUGUUUCUCAUGUCAGUAUGGGUAUUAGUAAAAUCCAAACUACUUUGGAUAGGAUAACGGAUAUGUACUAUCCACACCGACCUGUAGCCAAUCCUAUUGUUUUUUCCAUUAUCUCCUUUUCGUUCAUUAUCAGGGCAAAGAUUCUAGAGUCUAUGGGGAAUUCUCAAAUCGAGAAGCAUCUUAGUAAAUAAGGGGCGGAGUAACCUAUAAAGAGAUGUUGAAUCAAGAUCUGGGGAAUAAAUCAGAAGCCCAAUAAUAGAAGUUAAUAGUCCAAUAAAAACAGGCCCAACGGUUUAAUAUUAGAGUCUUUGUUAAUGAACAGUAAACAAGUUUUAUAUUUAUAUAUAUUAAUUAAUUAAUAUCUAUUGGAAAUGAAAUGACUAGAGAUAUGCUUCUCUCUCCAAAGGAUAGCCAACACAUGAGAUCGUCAAGAGAGACCUUCAACAUGAUUUUGGAAGAGUUUCAUGCUCAUACGUGUUAAGAAAAUAUGAGAAAGAUGAACAACUACCAUAACAAAACCUAGAGAGAGAAUAUAGGGAAAUAUAGUUUUCUUAUUCAUGUAUAUUGUUGGUACAAUGUAUGUACUAUUUAUAGGCACAAACCUAUACAACAUACAACUUUAUCAUUGUAACAUCCCGUUCCGGCUAAACCAAAAUUCCGAUUGCUGGAAAUUACGCUAUUAAAACGAGUAUUUUGAUAGUAUUUUGAUGAAAAUCAGUAUAUUAAUUAUUAUAAAUCUCUCCACAUACUUUGUACGUGGUAUGAAAUGAGAUUUCGUAAUAAUAUAUAUGGGGUUAGUUGGACACAUAGGUGUCGCCAGGAGGGGCUUGUCGCAAAAUCAAAGGGGUAAAGCACCGAUCUAUUUAGAUAUAUCCUAACUAAACCCCAUGCACCAUUUCUUAUGUUUUCGUUCCAUUUCUUUCCACUCAGUCCCGAAGCGAGAGAAGUAGAGGGCGCACAGGGGAGGAAUACAGAAGCUUGAUUUUCAAGUUUAAGCUAGUGUAAAAAGCAGGUAAGCGUAAGGAAAAUAUUCACUAUCACAUAGUUGAUCAAUAUUGAAGCUUAUAACGAAGUUUGGUUCAAUAAUUGCUUGAACGGCUCAUCAAACAAAAUUAGAAUUUUGGAGUAUCCGGAAGCCGGAUUGAGUCCAGAUUUUAUAUACGAACGAGUAUAUAUCAUUCCUCACCUAAUAGGCUUUAUAGCUUCUCUGCAACGUUGCUUCCUGCAACGAGGUAAUUAAUCAUUUGGUUCUAAUCAAUGAAUUUCGGCUAUUAUUUAGGUCAGAGCCGGAAUCGCUGAAUUUAGCUCCGGCUAGGGUUUGAUGUGUUUUCAUCGAAAAUUUGAUCCGGAGCCUAGAACUAACAUUGACGGGGACACUAUAGGGGAUAUUAGGACGGUCUCGGAUUUUGAUUCCGGGUUCGUUCGUGAAAUUGAUGUUUUAGUACGGGAAGCUAAAACCGGUGUUUGAACGACCAGAACUGUUGAGGGAUUAGCACGGUAUACCGGGUUUGUCGUAUCACGAUAAUUAUACUUAUGCUUAGAAUUGAUCUAGGUGAACUAGAAUGGCAUGAUUAGGGGUGUAUGAACGUUUGUGCUAUAUGUUGAACCAUGGAAUGCUGUAUGAUAUUAUUGACUUGCCCUAAUCGAUAUGGACCUUGUUUAUGCUGAUGAUUGCAUACAUGUUGCCAUUUGUGGCUUAACUGUUAACAUGACUUCAUGGUUGUUCGAUUAGGUGUUUUGACAUGAUGUGAUAUUUUGGUUGUAUUUGGAUUCACAAUUUGGGGAAAUAAACUUCCCAGGGUGAUAUUAUGAUGUUUUAAGGAUGAUGACUUGCACGAGGGUUUAUCCCGAGGAAGUGCAACUAUACGACUCCUACUUUACCUAUGUUGAGCCAAUUAUGGUCAGGUCAAGUACAUGUGCAAGUAACGAAUUAUGAUUAAGCAAGAUGAGAUAUGAACCAUGUAUAAGGAUACCAAAUAUGAGUAUUUUGGUCUCACGGUCAAUUACAUAGUAAUUCUAGCUCCCCAUGCUAUUACUCUGUUAUGACAUGAUAGUCACACCUCUCUUGUGGUGCUGACUGAAGAUUAUGAUAUGCAUGAUAGUCACACCUCUCAUGUGGUGGUGACUGAAGAUGAUUCACGAGAUAUGACCACACCUAGAGUGGUGUCGGGUAUGGUUUCACAUAUGGUGGUAUGGGGGUAUAAGUUAAGGUGGUUGAGUCUUUUGCCCAUUGGGAUAUGAGGAUGGGUGAGGUCGAAUCCUAGUGUUUUGGCUUGAUUGCUAGAUGUAUGGUAGGGGUAUGCUUUGUGAUGAACUCACGAUGCAAUGAUUGUCUCACUCAGCCAUGAGCUGACCCUCUUUUAUUCUUCUUCUCUGCUUAUGCUAUGUGUAAGCAGAUUAUCAGCAGCAGUAGAUAGGUGUAUAGGUGGGAGCUGAGCUAGAGUUGAAGCCAAAAUGAGGUAUGGUCUUCAACUAUUCUGUGCUUGGACGACUACUUGGGAUUUUGGCCAGUGAUCCACACCUUUUUGUAAAAAUGUUUUGAGAACGUUUUUCAUGUGCAUACUAGCUCCUGAUGUUGUGUGUGAUAUCCACAGGUGUGGAAGGUUGAUGAUAUGUGUAUAGUUGUGUAAUUGUGUAAGUUGUGAUUAUUAUGGCAUGUAUAAGUAUGGUAUGCACUUGUGGAGUAUGAAAACUGUGGCUAUGGCUUUGAAAGCCAAUAUAUAUGGUUAUGAGUAUAUGUGUAAGUCUAUGAAUGCAUAUAUUCAUAUAAAUUAUUUUGCAGGUCUAGUUGCAAGAACUGUUAGGCCAUUACGUGAGUAAUUCAUGUCGAAAUUUUAAUUGGGUAUAUUUUGGUAAUUAAUGUAACACCCGAUAUUAUUUCCACUGCAAAUGUAUGAAUAAUAUGAUUAGGUAAUACGUAUAGGGUGGGGUGUUACAGUUUGCUAUCAGAGCUUGUUUGUUUUCUGCAUUAUAGGUGUGUUACUUUCACCCUUGAGGACCGAUCACCCUCAAAAGGGGAGGGAGUACUCCAUACCUGUACUUGCACUAAACUUUCCACGAUUUGGACCAAAGGUGGUGAUGUGUUGCAUAGUCAGUUGCAUAUGGUCAAACAUGAUUUUGAGUAUUUGAAGGAAUCUUGAAAAUUUUAUGGUUUAAGAAAUUUUUGGAAAUAUGUGGAGUUUUUAUCUUGUUGUCCAAGUAAUGAUUUUGAAGAAAGUUUUGUUUCAACCAAGUGAGUAACUUGGUUAGACACAAAUGGUGUUUGGAUCAAACUAAGCCCAAUGUUUCCUUGUAGUUUGCACAGAAGUAUUUUAGGAGUCACUACUAACCAAUCGAGAAGCAGGGUGGCUAGCUAUGCAAUGGGCAUUGAGUUCAGACUAUGCUAGCAUGAUGAGUUGUGAUGGUAGAUAUUUGAAUAGAAAUGUGAAUCUUGAUGAUGUUGUGGUAAACAUGUUGUAGGUCGAUAACCUUGUGUACGUUGAUAUGUUUUUGAACUUCUUGAUUUGCUCAUGUUGUGAUGCCCGGUAUAGCUUUUUGAAACCUAAACAUGGGGACUUGAGGUGUUAUGUGUUUAUUUAUAUACUUCAGGUCUCCUAACCUAAGAGUUAGGUAAUGGAUUUAUGUAUAAUAGACCAUAUUAAGGGUAAGUAAUGGAUUUAUGUAUGAUAAACCAUAUUAAGGGUAAGUAAGCGAAUUUAGUGUACAACUCAAGGUUAGAUUUCGGGGAUGAAAUCUUUUAAGGAGGGGAGAAUUGUAACAUCCCGUUCCGACUAAACCCAUAUUCCAAUUGCUGGAAAUUAUGCUAUUAAAAUCGAGUGUUUUUAUAAUAUUUUGAUGAAAAUCAGAAUAUUGACCUAUCAGAUAAAUAUCGAUUAUCAUAUUGUAUGUUUAAAGAUAUAUAUUAAUUAUUAUAAAUAUUUCCACAUACUUUGUACGUAUGUUGGUAUGAAAUGAGAUUUUGUAAUAAUAUAUAUGGGGUUAGUUGGACCCAUAGGUGUCGCCAGGAGGGGCUUGGCGCAAAAUCAAAGCGGUAAAGCACCGGUCUAUUUAGAUAUAUCCUAACUAAACCCCUCGCACCAUUUCUUAUCUUUUCGUCCCAUUUCUUUCAAGUUUAAGCUAGUGUAAAAAGCAGGUAAGCGUAAGGAAAAUCCUCACUAUCACAUAGUUGAUCAAUAUUGAAGCUCAUAUCGAAGUUUGGUUCAGUAAUUGCUUGAACGGCUCAUCGAACAAAAUUAGGGUUUUGGAGUACCAGAAGCCGGAUUGAGUCCAGAUUUUAUAUAUGAGCGAGUAUAUAUCAUUCCUCACCUAAUAGGCUUUAUAGCUUCUCUGCAACGUCGCUUCCUGCAAUGAGGUAAUUAAUCAUUUGGUUCUAAUCAAUGAAUUUCGGCUAUUAUUUAGGUCGGAGCCGGAAUCGCAGAAUUUAGCUUCGGCCAGGGUUUGAUGUGUUUUUAACGAAAAUUUGAUCCGGAGCCUAGAACUAACAUUGACGGGGACACUGCACGGGAUAUUAGGACGGUCUCGGAUUUUGAUUCCGGGUUCGUUCGUGAAAUUGACGUUUUAGUACGGGAAGCUAAAACCGGUGUUUGAACGACCAUAACUAGUGAGGGAUUAGCACGGCAUACCGGGUUUGUCGUAUCACGAUAAUUAUACUUAUGCUUAGAAUUGAUCUCGGUGAACUAGAAUGGCAUGAUUAGGGGUGUAUGAACGUUUGUGCUAUAUGUUGAACCAUGGAAUGCUAUAUGAUAUUAUUGACUUGCCUUAAUCGAUAUGGACCUUGUUUAUGCUGAUGAUUGCAUACAUGUUGCCAUUUGUGGCUUAACUGUUGACAUGACUUCAUGGUUGUUUGAUCAGGAGUUUUGACAUGAUGUGAUAUUGUGGUUGUAUUUGGAUUCACAAGUGGGGGGAAUAAACUUCCUAGGGUGAUAUUAUGAUUUUUUAAGGAGGAUGACUUGCACGAGGGUUUAUCCCGAGGAAGUGCAACUAUACGACUCAUGGUUUACCUAUUUUGAGCCAAUUAUGGUCAGGUCAAGCACAUGUGCAAGUAACGAAUUAUGAUUAAGCAAGAUGAGAUAUGAAUCAUGUAUAAGGAUACCAAAUAUGAUUAUUUUGGUCACACUGUCAAUUACAUAGUAAUUAUGGCUACCCAUGCUAUUACCCUGUUAUGACAUGAUAGUCAUACCUCUCUUGUGGUGCUGACUGAAGAUUAUGAUAUGCAUGAUAGUCACACCUCUCAUGUGGUGGUGACUGAAGAUGAUUCACGAGAUAUGACCACACCUAGAGUGGUGUCGGGUAUGGUUUCACCUAUGGUGGUAUGGGGGUAUGUAUGUAUGAUCACAUCCUACGGGAUGCUGGGUGUGUAUGGUGGCCCGAGAGAGUUAUUAGCAUGGGAUUAGCCAGGAACCUAUAAGUAAAACAUGAUAAGAUGCAUAUGCAUAAGUCAAGGUGGUUGAGUCUUUUGACCAAUUGGAUAUGAGGAUGCUUGAGGUCCGAUCCUAGUGUUUUGGCUUGAUUGCUAGAUGUAUGGUAGGGGUUUGAUUUGUUAUGUACUCACGAUGCAAUGAUUGUCUCACUCAGCCAUGAGUUGACCCUCUUUUAUUCUUUUUCUCUACUUAUGCUAUGUGUACGUAGAUCAUCAGCAGCAGUAGAUAGGUGUAUAGGUGGGAGCUGAGCUAGAGUUGCAGCCAAGAUGUGGUAUGGUCUUCAACUAUUCUAUGCUUGGACGACUACUUGGGAUUUUGGCCAGUAAUCCACACCUUUUUGUAAAAAUGUUUUGAGAACGUUUUUCAUGUGCAUACUAACUCCUGAUGUAGUGUGAGAUAUCCACAGGUGUGGAAGGUUGAUGAUAAUUGUAUAGUUGUGUAAUUGUGUAAGUUGUGAUGAUUAUGGCAUGUAUAAUAUGGUAUACAGUUGUGGAGUAUGAAAAUUGUGGCUAUGGCUUUGAAAGCCAAUAUAUAUGGUUGUGAGUAUAUAUGUAAGUCUAUGAAUGCAUAUAUUCAUAUAAAUUAUUUUGCAGGUCUAGUUGCAAGAACUGUUACCCAUUACGCGAGUAAUUCAUGUCGAAAUUUUAAUUGGGUAAAUUUUGGUAAUUAAUGUAACACCCAAGAUUAUUUCCGCUGCAAAUGUAUGAACAAUAUAAUUAGGUAAUACGUAUAGGGUGGGGUGUUACAAUCAUCAAUGUACGUAAUGAGCAAUUGAGCACAAAUUCAAAUGUGAGGUGAGGAGUUACAUGCAACACACAUUUGUGCACUAAUUUGGUCAUCCACAUUAUCAAUAUUUUCAAAUCAAAUUUAUGUUUCCUU